GGGCAAUUGACUUCACGUAUUACCUCAGAGGAGACAGUGUGUAGGUUAUUGAACGCGUUACGAGUGAACAGCUACCUUGUCGGUCGGUUGUUUUUUGAGAGAACAUCGCAAGCAGUGAAGAAUGUUUUCUGCCCGUGUCGCGCGCGCUCACACACGCGUGCACGCAUACAUGUACAGAGCGGCCAGCGCGCGAAAGAAGUGAACCGCAUCCGUCGAAGCUGCAGCAUCGGAGUCACACGGAUAUCCUCACUCGGAUUGCUUUUACAUACCAGGACUCGCCCUCCACCGCCUCACCUAUGCGGUUUUCACAUACGGAUGCAACUCCUCACCUGCUCGGAUUAUAUGCGGCUGUUACAAUUACAUUCGCAAUAGCGGUUGUCUCAAAUCAGAGAGCGCGCACCUCUGCGUAACGCACAGCCGGUGGAUUGUGAUGUGCGCAUUUGGUGGUGUGUAGUGGAGGUUAAAGUAAGGAUUUGAUCGGACAGGAUUUGGUAAGAACCCGUAAAAAGGGUAGGAGCUUAGUUUAUAACCCCUGCGACUGGACACCUGGUUUUACACAUCAUUUCUACUCUCGAGAUCUAGUGCGCGAGAGGCUGUAGUAUUGCCUGUCAUGUUUUUUCUCUUUGACUGAUCGCGGCAUCCAAGAGAACCCUAGAGAUUGCGAUGCCAGGACAGUAAGAAGGUGGGUCUCAGUUGUUCGGUAGCAUGGCUCCGUCCAGGAGGGACUGCAGAUGUGACAUGAUCUUUUUGUCGGGAUGCCUACUCCUGUCCGUAUUGGGAUUUCAACCUGCAUUGGCGAAGGUCUGCAACGAUUACACAAGGCACAGCCUGGACAACAACUGGUACACGAAAGAUGGUGAGAAGUUGCCCAUCAUGGUCCUGAUGCCGAUGAAUGAAUCAGCGCUGAUGAGCAGCAUCAGUCAAGGCAUCGAGCCGGCCGUUCAGCUGGCCAUCCAGCACAUCCGCGAGUCCAGGCAGUACUCCUUCUCGCUCAUCACCAAAAUCUACGACACGGAGUGUGACAACGCAAAGGGAUUGCGGGCCUUCUUUGAUGCAAUCUGCUAUGGUCCAAAACAUUUGAUGAUCUUUGGAGGAGUGUGUCCGUCAGUGACUUCAAUCAUUGCUGAAUCGUUGGAGGGGUGGAACCUCGUGCAGGUUUGUGCCAUAGCCAGUAUCUGGUUCAUAAAAACUGCAAUGUGAUUAUUCAUUUGUCUUAUCAUUAACAAUCAUCUUUUUCCCUCAAAAUGCAAUGUUUACAUGAGAGUGUUUCAUGCCGCAUAUUUGCGCUAAUGACUUCCUCUGUGACGUAAAUAAAUACUAAUGUCUUAAAUCAAAAGUUUGGCAAAACUGGGCUAGAAAUGU